AUGAUCGAGUUCCUGCAGAGGCGCACACGCGUUCGGGAGACGAUCCAGAUCAACCGCCCGCAGCAGGUCGCGCCGAAGUCCGGAAGCCACAAUCCCGUGCCCAAGAAGCCGUUCCAGACCCGCGUCAACUCGAACGCCGCAGUAGAAAACCCGCCCAAGACUUUCCCGCUGUGCCCCGCCUGCGACAAACAGAAGCACUCGAUCAUGGACUGCGCUGCGUUCAACAGCAUGAACGUUUCGGAGCGCAUGAGGGUGAUCACGGUGAUCACGGACAAGAGGCUCUGCAGUAACUGCUUCCGAAGCGACCACUUUGCCCGGAACUGUCGCUCGAAGUACCACUGCAAGCACUGCAACAAGCGCCACUACUCGAUGAUCCAUCCCGGCCCCGGAUUGCAGGACACGAACCCCAUCGUAGCCACCCCCGCAAUGAACCCCGCUCCUGUGAACGCCGCUACGAAGUCGAGCAGCGCCAGCGUGCUGCUGUCGACGGUGGUGCUCGCUGUUUUGGACAGCUACGGCAAAGAACACCUCGCUCGUGCUCUGCUGGAUACCGGAUCUCAACCCAACGUGAUGAGUGAACACCUGUGCCAGAAACUCCAUCUGUUCCGCAAGGUUGCCAACGUCCCCAUCUCUGAUGUUGACAGCACGAUCACGAACGCCAAGCACAAGGUCAGCACCGAAGUCAGAUCCCGUGUCAGCCGUUUCGCGGAGACUCUUGACUUCCUCGUGCUGCGCAAGGUGACCUGUGAGACCCCUCCCGUUACCAUCCCGAUCGCCCAGUGGAAGAUUCCGGAGCAUCUAGCACUUGCCGACCCGGAGUUCAACGUGUCCCGCAAGGUCGACAUGAUCAUCGGAGCUGCUCACUUCUACUCGUUCCUGCUUGAAGGCCGGAUUCGUCUGGCUGGCCCUGUUCCCCUGCUUGUCGAGUCCGUGUUCGGAUGGAUUGCGACGGGCUCAGUUGAGGUCGGCGACGAAGCGGAGCAGCAACCUACGGUGGCUUGUCAUGUGGCGACAGUCGAAUCCGUGGACAAGAUGCUGGAGCGACUCUGGGCUCUCGAAGAGGUCGGCAGUUCUAACUACUUGGUCGACGAGCACAAAUGCGAAGCCCACUUCAAGGAGACGGUUGCGCGCGACGAGAGUGGACGGUACGUGGUCAAGCUGCCGAAACACCCCGACUUCCAGCAGAUGAUCGGCGCCCGAACUCAAGCCGCAGAACAGAGCUCGACGACCAAAGUGCGCGUUGUGUUCGACGGUUCCGCCAAGACCAGCGCGGGACACUCCCUCAACGAUGCGCUUCUAGUCGGACCCGUGGUGCAGAACGAGCUCCUGGACACUGUGCUGCGCUUCCGGAAGUUUCCCAUCGCCCUAGUAGCCGACAUCGAGAAAAUGUACCGCCAGGUGGCGGUGCACCCUGAAGACCGUCCGUACCAACGGAUUGUUUGGAGAUUCGACCCGAAGCAACCCAUCACCACGUACGAGCUGGCCACGGUGACGUACGGUUUGGAACCAUCGUCCUUCUUGGCCACGAGAACUUUGCUUCAGCUGGCAGACGACGAAGGCGCGCAGUUCCCCCAGGCCAGCGCGGCCAUCACGAAGCACAUGUACGUGGACGACUUCAUCGGCGGCGCGCAAACCGUAGACGACGCGAUCCUGCUGCGCUCCGAUCUCUGCAAGCUGCUGCUGAAGGGAGGAUUCCAGCUGCGUAAGUGGUGCUCCAACUCGCUCGCCGUCCUGGCAGACAUUCCCAGCGAGCUCCUUGGAACGCAGUCGUCGUUGCAGUUCGACCCCGAAGAGACGAUCAAAACCCUUGGCAUCAGCUGGGAGCCCGAAGCUGACGUGUUCCGGUUCGUUGUCUCGGUCGUCUGGGACCUGUCCCCCACCAAGCGCAACAUCCUCUCCGUAAUCGCCCAGCUGUACGACCUCCUCGGUCUGAUCGCUCCCGUCGUCGUACUCGCCAAGAUCGUCCUGCAGGAGCUGUGGUACUUGGCACUGGAGUGGGACGCGUUGGUCCCCCCGGAGUUGCGCACAAGAUGGUUCGACUUUUGCGAAGGGCUUUCGCACCUGACCAACUUCCGCAUCGACCGCUACGCCUUCGCCCGCAAAUGCUGCUACGCCGAGCUCCAUUUCUUCUCGGAUGCGUCCGAGGUGGCAUACGGAGGACGGCAAGAUCAAGACUCGGAGGUGGUUCUGCAGUGGCUGAAGUCGGCGCCCCGAAGGUGGAAACCCUUCGUCGCGAAUCUCAUCUCAGAGAUCCAGAUCAUCACCCACGGCGCAAAGUGCGUGCACGUCGCCGGCUUGAAGAACCCUGCGGAUCUGGUGUCCCGCGGAAUGCCGGCUGAGAAGCUCGUCAACAGCCCCAAGUGGAACGCGACCUCAAAGGUGCGCUCCCCAUCGAAGAGCAGAAGGAGAAAAAAACCCAUUCUGGUUGUACAAACCGCCCCGCCCAACCAUGUCUUCACCAUCAUCUUCUCGUACCGUCGCCUGCUGAACCUCGCUUUGCGUUUUGGAAACAGCGUCCGCAAGUCUGGCAAGCGGAACACGGACCGAGUUCUGUCGGUCGUCGAGCUCGAAGCCGCUCUCGUCAAGAUCCUCCAAGCCGAGACGUUCCCGGAGGACCUCAAGCUGCUGCGGAAAGGCCGACCUGUCGCACCAAAUUCCCCUCUGCGCCUGCUCAACCCAUUCUUGGAUCAAGCUGGUGUGAUACGCGUUGGUGGCCGGUUGUGCUUGUCCGACGAGCCGUACGCAGUGAAGCACCCGAUGGUCAUCCCUGGCUUCCACCCGUUUACGCGACUGAUGCUGACCUACUACCACUUGAAGGUGAUCAUCACGGUGACGCUCGCCAGCGUCCGAGACAAGUUCUGGCCGUUGAACGGCCGCGCAGUGCGCAACGCGAUUCGCCGCUGCUUCAGAUGUUGCCGAGCGAACCCCCAACCCAUCCAGCAGCCGAUCGGUCAGCUGCCCGUCGCCAGAGUCACCGCCAACGAAGCGUUCACCUGCACUGGCGUCGACUUCUGCGGGCCGCUGUAUUUAAAACCAACGCACCGCCGCGACGCAUCCCGCAAGUGCUAUGUCGCGGUCUUCAUCUGCCUGAGCACUAAGGCCGUCCACCUGGAGCUGGUCAACGAUCUGUCCACUGCAGCGUUCCUGAUGGCCCUGACCCGGUUCACCUGGAGAAGAAACAAGCCGAGUCACAUCUACUCCGAUAACGGAACCAAUUUCAUCGGAGCCAAGAACGUCCUUCACCAGCUGUACCAGAUGCUGCAGCCCGGACCCGAAAGCGACAAGAUCGCCAAGCACAUGGCGGACGACGGCAUCCAGUGGCACCUGAUCCCCCCACGCGCUCCCAACUUCGGCGGUCUCUGGGAGGCCGCCGUGAAUGUGGCCAAGAAGCAUCUCGUCCGGCAGCUCGGAAACUCACUGCUGUCCUUCGAGGAGCUGACCACGGUGCUCACUGCGAUCGAAGGCUGCAUGAACUCCCGCCCACUAACCCGGCUGUCGGAGGAUCCCAACGAUCUGUCCGCGCUCACCCCGGCCCACUUCCUGGUGAAGAACAUGAUCCGCCCGCUUCCCGAGCAAGACGUGCGCGACGUCCCGCUGAACCGGCUGAACCAGUAUCAGCGCAUCCAGGCCUACUCCCAGCGAUUUUGGCACCGCUGGCGGAACGAGUACUUGAAGGAGCUCCAAACGCAGUACAGCAGCAACCCCCGUCGUUACAACCUGGACGUCGGCUCCGUGGUGAUCAUCAAGGAUGAGCUGCUUCCACCCGCCCGCUGGCCGCUGGCCGCUGGCCUGCGUCCUGGAAGUGCACCCUGGACCUGA